GAAGGAAGCAAGGAGUCGAAUGUUUACAUUUCCUGCGCGUGGAGUGUUCGCGAAUAAUCAGAUUUUGGUUGUAAUUUUCAGCUCGCCAGAGGAAAACCAUGAACAAACCGAUGGAGAAGAAGGAGGUCUUGCAGGCCAUCGUCAUUGCCGAUUCGUACAAUGAAAACAUGCAGCCCUUCACUGGCACGUCACCACUGGCGCUGCUGCCGAUCGUGAAUGUGCCGCUGGUGGAUUACACGCUCGAGACGCUGUGCCGGAAUGGUGUGGAGGAGGUUAUCAUAUUCUGCAGCAACCAUAUCGGCGAGGUGAAGCAGUACAUUCAGAAACGGCAAGCGGAAAGAUGCAGUUGGUCCGUCGGCAUGACGGUUACAAUCAUCAGCUCUACCUCGUGCCGUUGCCUAGGAGAAGCGUUGCGCGAUCUAGACGCUCGGCACAUCAUUCGAGGUAACGUGAUUCUCAUGGGCAUCGACAGCAUUACGAACGCGAACCUGGCCGGGUUGUUGGAGGAGCACAAGCGGCUACUGAAGGUGGAUGCUGGGGCGGUGAUGACGAUUAUGCUCAAGGAUGGUGUGCCGGGUAUGCGCACCGGCAACGAGGUGAUGAUCGCCAUGGAACCGUCGACACGUCGCCUACUUUACCAUCAGCGAUUGGCACCGCAGCAGUCGAAGGGUAGCUUCGAGUUACCGCUGGAGCUGUUUCUCAUCAAUCGCGACGUUACGGUGUGCCACGGACUGCUCGAUCCACAAAUUGCCGUGUGCAGCCAUAUGGCGUUGCCCUUGUUCGCGGACAAUUUUGACUUUCUUACGCGCGAUGACUUUGUCCGUGGCGUUCUGAUCAACGAGGAGAUCCUCAAUAGCCGCAUCUACGUGAGCAAGCUGGCGCGGGAAGAGUACGCGAUGCGCGUCAACAAUUGGCAAAGCUAUCAGAUGGUGAACCUGGACGUUAUCAAUCGCUGGGUGUACCCACUGGUGCCGGAUAUGGGCAUCAGCCAGUUUCUUCAAUAUUACAAGUGCUACCGGAACAACAUUUAUCGUCAUGGUGACGUGCGAUUGGCACGAUCGAGUGAACUGGCCGGAGAUCUGGCCAUCGAUAGGCACAGCUCGAUCGAUGAAAACACCUACCUUUAUCAAUCGACCGUCGGCCAAAACUGCACCAUCGGAAAGGGCUGCCGUAUAAACAACAGCUUUCUUUUCGAAGGGGCCAUGAUUGGUGAUGGGUGCAUAUUGGAUCACUGUGUCAUUGGAAAGUCAGUAGCGGUUGGCUCGAACUGCCAAAUUCGCGAUGGAGCAGUGCUCGGAGAAGGGGUCGAGAUUCCGAGCGGCAUGAAAAUCGUCAAAACGCUCGUACAAGCUGCCCCACCCGAUAGCGAGUGGGCCGGUGCAUCGAAAAAACUGGCCGACCGGGCAUACACCGUACCGGAGGAGCAAUGCGAGGACGAGUACAACUCGGAUGAUGAUGAUGAGGUGAAGCUUCUGAAUCAACCGGUGUUUCUCGGGGAACUACAAAGAGCCUAUUCCCCAUCGAUCUACCAACCGUCGGACGAUGAGUCCGAGUCGGGCGAAGCGUCCCCAGUGCAGGAGGACGAAAAUAUUUUCCUCUCAGAGGUGGUGGAAUCGCUUAAGCGAGGAUUUGGCGAGCAAACCAAUGCCGAGUAUUUAAUACUGGAAAUUAACUCAUCCCGUUAUGCCUACAAUAUGGCACUGAGUGAAGUGAAUUUUUAUGUGGUGAAAGCCAUUUUGCAGAUUUUACUUUUGCAGGAGAACGUCCAAUCCAAUACGGUCGGCACGUUGCGCAAGAUAUUGGCAUACUUCGGCGUCGUGUUCAAGAACUACAUCCGCGAUAAGGACGCUAUGCUGGACUGUCUGAAGGCGUUCGAGGAGAUGAGCCAGUCGCACGAUACGAUUCGACAGAAGAUCGCCCAACUGGUCCACUACCUCUACGAGAAUGAUUUGGUGCGAGAGGAAGUUAUCAUCGAAUGGUACGAAGGUUUGGAGGAUGAAUCAUUGCAGAAGGCGUUGUGUAAGUUGGUGGACUGGUUAAACGAGUCUAGCGAUGAGGAGGAGGAUGAAGACGAAAGCGAAUGAAGGACGAGCGAUUCAUACCGAUAGAUUUGAUUCCGAUUCUACUUAAUAAAAUGGCUGGUUACACGUGUA